UUAUCAUAUUAAUCACACUGGUUUUACAAAUAAUACAUUUCUUAUUUAUUUGUGAAGCAGUUUCCUGUUUUUGCUUGUUUGUCAAAGCACUUUGUAAACUCUGUUUUUAAAGGUGCUGUAUCAAUAAAGUGUAUUGAUAUUCUGCUGCUGUGGGUCAGGUGGGUGUCUAUCCAUCCAUCCUUCUGUGGGGUCACAACUCCAAAAGUCUGGCAAUCACUGGGCUGAACAACCCCUCUACAUCCUCCCUAAAAUCACCUGAUGUGUUUCAGUGUGCCCCUUUCUCCUCUCCUGCAGCUUGUUAUAAUAAUAUAACAAUAAAACAUUUUAUUUAUAAAGCAUCUUUAAAAACAGAUUCUGACAAAUAAGCAAAAGCAGCAAAACUGAUGAAGAUGAUUUUACUGAAUAAACAUGAGGAAGCUGAGUCUGAGCUGAGUUAAAACAAGAGGGCAGAGCAGAAAACGUAAAAAACAAACAAACAAAAAAAAACAUAUAGUCAAUAUGAUUAACUACAAGUCAAAGGAAUAAAAGCCAUAAAACAGGCAAAGUCACAGAUAAAGAAAGAGGAGAGAGAAGAGGGAAAAUAACAAUAAAUAACAGAUAAACAUCAAUAAAGGUCGUAAGAAAAGAAUCCUGUCUGGUUUCUUCAGCACAAAUUAAUCAGCGGACACGAUUCAAAUUGUAAUUUAGAUUCAAUAUGACAAUGAUAAUCUGUAUUUCUGCUUCUUGAGUGUGUUGCAGCUGAAUUGUGUCCAUCUCAGCUUUCUAUCUGAUGCAGUUCCUUCCUCUGUUUCAGUCAAUGCUCAGUAUAAAUGUCCCUGAAGCAGAAAGUGAAGACAGCGCUGGACUCUGGAGACGAUGGAGACAACGUUGGACAAUAGUUUCUCUUCCACCAAAAAUAAGCCACUGUUUCACAUGUCACCGAGCCGGAGAGAUCUCUACAGCUUCCAGCCUGACGAACCGAAGCCAGCGAGGCCCAGAAGACCGUGGUGUUUAUACGUUAUUGUCAUCUACCUCAUCCUGCAGACCGCCCUCAAUGCCUUCGUCAUUUAUGAAGUUUUUAUGUCGCGGUCUUCAGUGUCUGGCUCCAGAAUACAGAGGCUGAUGUCCAAUCACAUUUCUCUGGGUGGAGAAGAUGAGGAAGAGGUCCUCCAGACUCUGCUCCGAAACAGUAGUCAGGAAACCAAGACCCUGAGGAGCCACCUGUGGACACUGCAGAGCCAGGUCCAGAGCAUGUGUGGAGAGGAGGGUCAGCUGGACCGACUGAAAUCGGACCUGAAGCUUCUCAACACCAGCAUUGAGGCAAAACUGACAAACAUCAGCCACAAAGCAGGACCUCCUGGUUCUCCGGGUAGAGAUGGACCAUCAGGUGCACCAGGAGUGAAAGGCCCCAAAGGUGACAGUGGUGUUGUUGGACCUCAAGGACCAAAAGGGGACCAAGGACUCAAAGGAGAACAAGGAACACCAGGAGCUGCUGGACAACCAGGUGCUCCAGGUAGAGAUGGACCAUCAGGUGCAGCAGGAGUGAAAGGCUCCAAAGGUGACAGUGGUGUCGUUGGACCUCAAGGACCAAAGGGGGAACAAGGACUCAAAGGAGAACAAGGAACACCAGGAGCUGCUGGACGUCCUGGUGCUCCAGGUAGAGAUGGACCAUCAGGUGCAGCAGGAGUCAAAGGCUCCAAAGGUGACAGUGGUGUCGUUGGACCUCAAGGACCAAAAGGGGACCAAGGACUCAAAGGAGAACGAGGAGCACCAGGAGCUGCUGGUCCCAGCGGUCGAGAUGGGCCCCGUGGAUACCCAGGAGCUCAGGGACUGGGUGCAAAGGGAGCAAAGGGAAACACUGGAUCCCAAGGUUCUCGUGGAGACAAAGGUGACAGGGGGAGCGCUGGAGAAAAAGGAUCUGCUGGGGUUCCUGGAGCUCGUGGAUCUGAUGGACGAAAAGGAGACCCGGGGAGCAUCGGUCCACGGGGAUCUCCAGGUGUCGCGGGACCUCCUGGUGCCAAAGGAGCUCAAGGUCCCAGCGGUCGAGAUGGGCCCCGUGGAUACCCAGGAGCUCAGGGACUGGGUGCAAAGGGAGCAAAGGGAGACACUGGAUCCCAAGGUUCUCGUGGAGACAAAGGUGACAGGGGGAGCGCUGGAGAAAAAGGAUCUGCUGGGGUUCCUGGAGCUCGUGGAUCUGAUGGACGAAAAGGAGACCCGGGGAGCAUCGGUCCACGGGGAUCUCCAGGUGUCGCGGGACCUCCUGGUGCCAAAGGAGCUCAAGGACCUCAAGGACCCAAAGGAGCCAAGGGAGACCAAGACAUGAUCGUACGUCUGGUGCCGAGUGGACGGCGAGGUCGAGUGGAAGUGAGGCACAACGGCGUCUGGGGCACCGUGUGUGACGACAGCUUCGACACCACUGAUGGGACGGUGAUCUGUCGGAUGCUGGGCUACACCAGAGCUUCUUCUGUCUUCACAGAGGGAGCAGGGUCCGGUCAGAUCUGGCUGGAUGACCUGACAUGCACAGGAUCAGAGUCGAGUAUCUUCAACUGCCCUAAUUCUGGAGUCGGUAGCCACAACUGUGGACAUGGUGAGGACGCCGGAGUGGAGUGUGUCUAGAAUGGCACCAACGAAGAAGAACAGUGUCUGAGCUGUUGAUGGGUUGACUGGCAGGCUCAGUCUCACGGGGGAAAUAAGUCACAGAGCUGCACUGCUGCUAAUGAUGUUCACAGCUGGUUCUUAUUACAUAUUCAUAAAACACAGCAUUUUAAAUGCAUUCAGCUCAGUUUCACUUUGUAACCAAACACAUUAGCUUCAAUGAAUGUAGACAAAAUAUCCUGUGAAUAAAACUUUGUGGAAUCAAACUCCUCCAACAUCACUGCUCUACUCUGUUAGUCAGUAAUAUGAAGCUGUCAGCCUCCAAUCAUUGUCCAUCUCUCCGUCCUCAUCAAUCCUCCCCUGCUACUCGUCAGCGUCACGUUCACUGUCACCUUCAGUCCACUGCAGUGUCACCACAGAAGACUCUGCAGAGGUCAGCGAAGAUGAAGAGGUCACGUUCAAGGACAGGAGUCGUGAUGAGGGAUGAUUUCUGACACAGCUGGCUCAGGCACUUUUUCCCUGAUGCCUCAGGGAACAAACUGUAGAUACACAUGUCGAGCUCACAUCAGAUGGGAUCACAGUGACUGAACGCUUACAUGGGGAUUAAGUCAGAGUCAUUGUGAAGGUUUGAUGUUCUGUGCCACCGUUAGAGAGAGGGAGACACAGAGCGGGACGUCCAGCAUUUCAGCUGCAGCCUGCGGUGAUAUUAUCUGAAUGUCAGACAUCAAACCACAGAUAUGUUGAAACUACGUUUCUUCAGGUUCAGUUUUCAGUGAUGUGUUGAGACGACGCUGUGCUGAUGCUCCUGAUUGGUUCAGCUGCAAAAAGUAGUUAGUUAUGGGGCGCUGUUUAGCUCAGUUGGUAGAGCACCGUCCCACAUACUGAGGCUUUGUCGUCACUGCAGCGUACUUCGGUUCGACUCGCUGUGUGUCUCCUCUCUCUCAACCUGUUUCCUGUCAAAUUUUCAUCUGAUCUAUCAAUAAAGCCAUAAAGGCCAAAUCAUUUUCAAAAAAACAAACAAAACUUUUUGGUUAUGGUUAGAAAAAUAUCCGGUUCUGACACCAAAUAUCUGAUUCUGUCACCACAAACGAUCCCUGACAUCUAGAUAAAAAUAUCCAGUGGUGUCACACUAACAAAUGUAAAAUUCUGCCUUGGUCAGUGGUCUCUGAAAUAGAUUCUUGAGGUGUCCUGUAGCCUUUAGUGGCAUCUAAAUACUGCACAUCA